AUGUUCCUGUCCAUGCUGACCGCGGAUGCUGCCGCCCAGCAUGGCCACGAGUUCUCUGCCCCGCGCACGCCCUCGCCCCUUCAUCCCACCACCUCUCCUCCCCCUCGCUCUCCAUUGAACUAUCUCUCCUCAACCGUCCGCCAGCAGAGGCCGCAGCAAUCCCCGCUGCCUACUCGGAAGAGCGUCAGCUUCGACGGCCGUCCCUCGCAUGCCUCGUCCAGGAAGUCCAUCAUGUUUGCCCUGCCGCCUGAGAGCAACACGUCAUCAUCACGCCCGCCUUCUAUUCGGAGUACUACCACCGCCUCGACCGACGACCGCUCGCGCAAGCGACCUUCGCGCCCCAAGACCAACUACCCUCUCGCCCACCCUCCUCCCCGCGUAGGCCCGCUGCACCUCCGACCCAAGGUCCUCCUCCAGCUACACCAAUCCUCGCCAAACUCGAGGCCGAAGCCCGCUUUCGAGGCCAUUCCUUCAACUACCUUCGCUCCCAGGCUGAAGCGUAAGUUCCGUAGAGUAUUUAAGCAUAGGGACAGGCUGGGCCCAGACGAUGUCGUGGUUGUGCGGGCUGGGGACUACGGUGGCGCGGAUGACCAUAGUGAUUCCGAUGAGGACCUGGAGUCUCGUGAAGUCGUUGGCGUCGUCUGUUUCAACGUCAGAGACGAGCGCACCGAAAUCUGUAUGGACGAUGACACAGUGUGGGAGGCGACCUUUAUGCAAAAUGGCGGCUACGAGUUUGUCGCCACCGAUGAGCACGGCCUACAGUCCAAGGCGCGAUGGGUGCCCAAGCCUCAAGGCAAACGGAAGUCUGCCAAUUAUGCGCAAGCAGACAAUGCUGCUGAGGAUCGCAAGUUCACCUUCAGCACCAUAAGCCCGGAUCGUCGGCGGCAUCCUGUCAUCGCCAGCAUGACAAAAGGUGGCAUUGACGUCUGGGAUCAGUACUCCAUACCGCCUCAGACGAAUCUGGCCUCUCCACUCUCGCCUACCUUCAGCGAUGCUGCCGAUUCUCAGAGCUUGCCCGACACCUCUGAGCCUCGCCCCAUGCUGACCACGGAUGAAACUUUGAGGAAGCUCAUCAUUGUCACUGGCAUCUGGGUGGCAUUUCGAGAGAAGUGGUCGACCGUCUUUCGGUAUGGAAAACCGGGUCGCGAUCGAGAAAGUCUGCCGGCAUCACCUUUGUGCGGCUCACCAAUCAUGCCCUGUGCGCCUAUACGUACUGUCAGCAUGGCCAGCCUCAAUGGCAGCAUGUCGAGGUCCAGCUCGCCUGGAAUCCCAGACAACCAAAGCGAGAAGCACCACAGCCUGAGGAGCGUGUCCAGGAUGUUGUUGCAUCGGAAUAGCGCGCUGGCGGCGCUCAAUGGCGAAUACAAUGCCGCCGAUUCGACACCCCCGUCUACUGCCAAAACCGGGAGCUCUACUCGCUCUCGCCGCGCAAACUCCACCGGAACCGCCUUCAUGCAGCGCGCAUCCAGCAAGAGGAACCCAAAGCGACACAGCAGUGGCCCCAAGGGGACGUCAGUAUCAGCGGACAUGUAUAGGAUCAACACGGAAGAAGAAAACGACCGUCCCCAUCGUUUUACCGUCUCCGAGGCGGCGCACAUCAUGCUCCCAAUGAUCGAGGACCGCACUCCUAAGAAUUCUGGUGAAUACGCUUCGUCCAUGGCGUCCAGCAACGACGACCAACCCACGCCACGCCAAACGCCGCAUGUGAGGCCGGGACGUGCGACCCUGCAGGUUCCGCCGACAUACUUGCAACCUAACCACUCGACUUCUGGUCGCAGUGACGGUACCGUCGAUACGUCUUUUGAAGACCUUGCGCCCAAGCGGAGCAAGAGUACGAAAGAAAGGCCCAGGCCACGUCAAUCUGUCUCUUCAACAGCGCAGCCUCGGUAUUAUGUGGAUGGAAAUGAAAAUGGAUACCCGGCCGAAGUGAAGAUUCCCAUGGAGACUGAGAAGGCAUAUGACGACAAGGAAAAUAAGCAAAAAAAGAGGAUGAGCAUGAGAGGCUUCUUUCACAAAAUGAAGAGUAAGAGAAGCAGGAACUGA